UGGUUAAAUGGGCCUCCGAAAACAUAGGAGCCCAAUUUACAGGUUUUUUUUUCCUUUAAAACCAUUUUCCUUAAACUCAUUGAGAAAACCCUAACAACAUAUUGCUCUCAGAGCGGCGCUGCACAGCUUGCCGAUAACCCAUCACUCCUAUAUUCAUCUUUCAGCAUAAACGAUGUCUUCGGUUGGCGAAGCUGCUUGCUCUUAUGCUGCUUUGAUUCUCCAUGAUGACGGCAUCCCCAUCACCGCUGAGAAGAUUGCCACGCUAGUUAAAGCUGCCAAUGUCUCUGUUGAGUCUUAUUGGCCAAGCUUGUUUGCUAAGCUUUUUGAGAAGUGCGACAUUGAGAAUCUCAUAACCAAUGUUGGUGCUGCUGCUGGUGGUGCUCCGGUCGCCGCAGCUGCACCUGUUGCAGCUGCUGGUGGAGGCGGUGCUGCUGCUCCUGCUCCUGCAGAGGAAAAGAAGAAGGAGGAACCAGAGGAAGAGAGUGAUGAUGAUAUGGGAUUCAGUUUGUUUGAUUAGGAACUCCUUUUAGUGUGUGAUUCAGUCGAUUACGGGUUUAGUGUAUUAAGCAUGACACUAACGCUUUUGAGUUUUAUUGAUUUUGGUAUUUGUCUCUUAAUUAGAAGUGUUAAUUUGAAUGAAGUGACACUGAUGAAUGCUUCCUUUUUGAAUUA